AUGCCCCAUCAUUCCCACCGGCGCUCUAGCACAUCUUUAGUGGCUGGAAGGCGACCGAGUCUUCAACAUGCUGGCCCUGACGUUUCCGAGCUAACGUUGCUGAAAGAGGAAACUCACACAGGAGACCAUUUCCUUACACCAACUCAGCUUGAAGUCGUCUAUAGGACCAACGUCAUCACCGGUCAUACGGAUACCUUCGCGAGGGAAAUGCUUGAAACCUACGGCCCAAAUCAGCUGAAAGAACUUAAGGGCAACAGCUACUGGAAAAUAUUCCGCCACAAUCUCUUCGGCUGGUUCCAAUGCGUUCUCUGGUGUGGGGCAAUAUUGAACUUUGUGGGUUACUUCUUUUCCGAUAGUCUAGAAUCCGGAGACGGGCAUAGUGGAAAGGAGUAUUUGUACUUGGGCUGUGUGAUAACUGCUACUAUUGUGGGGACGGGGCUUUUCGGCUUUUAUCAAGAAGCUAAGAACAUGGCCGUGAUGAGUGGCUUUGAGAAUCUGGUGCCACCGAAUGCCACAGUCAUCCGCGAGAGCACUAAGAAGAUUAUACCCAAUUCCGAAGUGGUGCUCGGCGAUAUAGUGGAAAUGACAGGUGGAGAAGUCGUACCCGCUGAUGUAAGAAUACUCACCUGCACUAAUUUUAAAACUGACAUGUCAUCACUGACAGGAGAAUCGGAGCCGAUCAAACAUAGACCGGAAUGCACCAAUUCGAAUCCAUUAGAAUCGAAAAAUAUGGUCUACUUCGGCUGUCCUAUCACAGAAGGUUCGGCCAAAGGCGUCGUGGUUGCUACAGGAGAAAUGACCCAAAUCGGAAAGAUCGCUGGCUUAGUCACCGGCUUGGAAAAAGAAGAGACGCCUAUCGCCAAGGAAAUAACGCAUUUCAUCAAGCUCAUUUGCGGCGUAGCUUUUACUUUCGGUCUUCUAUUCUUUAUUAUGGUCUACGUGAUACAGAAAAGCUGGUUAAGUGCGCUUCAAUAUAUGCUCGGUAUUAUUUUAGCGAAUGUACCCGAAGGUCUCAUUGUGACCUUGACGGUUUGCAUGACGUUAUCCGCUAAUAAUUUGAAGAAGAAGAACUGCUUAGCCAAAACGCUGCAAGCAGUGGAGACCUUAGGAUCUACGUCAUGCAUCUGCUCAGAUAAAACUGGAACAUUAACAGAGAACCAGAUGAAUGUAUCGCAUCUGUUCUGCAAUUUUACAAUAUUUGAUAAGAAUGACCAUGAGCAUGUGUCGAACCAUUCUUAUGCCACUCUGAGCUUAGCCGCAUCACUGAAUCUCAAAGCAACGUUUGCUUUCGAUACAAUGAACUUACCAAUCGAGAAGAGAAAAAUACUAGGCGACGCAUCUGAGUCGGCCAUCUUGCGUUAUAUGGAAUUAAACCGCUCAGCGACACAAACGAGAGAGAAUAAUCCCAAGGAAGCUGAAAUACCGUUUAGUUCCGCUUACAAGUACCAGGUCACGAUACAUAGGAUGCAGGCCUCUCACAGCUACUACCUGAUAAUGAAAGGGGCCCCCGAAAUUGUUUUGGAAUAUUGCACAAAAGUUAUAACCGAUGAGGGAGAUCAAGCCCUUACGCCUCAAGUGAAGAAAGAACUGAAAGCAAGCUUUAUUAAGCUGGCAAAUAUGGGUGAACGAGUUAUAGGCUAUUGCGAUUAUAAUUUGCCAUUAGAUAGCUAUCCGCUGGGUUACAAGUUUGAUACGCAGCAGAGGAAUUUUCCAGUGGAAAAUCUAAGGUUUGUCGGUGCGAUCUCCAUGAUAGAUCCGCCGCGGCGCGAUAUAGAUAAAUCAAUAGAAUUAUGUCGUCAAGCUGGCAUACGCGUUAUAAUGGUCACGGGAGACCACCCCGUCACCGCAUUGGCUAUUUCUAGAAAGUGCGGAACUAUCACCCAACCGACCGCGUAUGACUAUGCCUUCGAACAUCACAUAGAAUUAUCGGACGUGCCGCCGCUUAUAAAGAACCAGUUCAAAGCUGCCGUGAUCACGGGCGACGAAUUGCGAAAGAUGAGUGUCAACGACUUGAAACACGCCCAGAAGAAAUACCAAGAGAUAACCUUCGCCAGAACGAGCCCACAGCAGAAGCUGUUCAUUGUUGAAACUUAUCAGUCGCUAGAUCAUGUGGUAGCGGUUACCGGAGACGGAGUUAAUGAUUCGCCGGCGUUAAAGAAGGCCGAUAUUGGAAUAGCCAUGGGCAUAACUGGCACAGAGGUGUCUAAACAAGCAGCGGAUAUGAUAUUAUUAGAUGAUAACUUUGCAUCUAUUGUACUAGGGAUUCAGGAGGGCAGGCGUAUUUUCGAUAAUUUAAAGAAAACUAUUGCGUAUACGUUAACCUCUAACACACCGGAAAUGUUGCCCUUCGUUCUAUACGCUUGCGCCGGUAUGCCUCUACCGAUGACGCUAAUAUUAAUUCUAGUAAUCAACGUUGGAACUGAUCUUCUACCAGCUAUGAGCUUAGCGUAUGAGACCUCGGAGCAUGACAUAAUGUCACUUCCACCGAGGAAACCAACGGACCAUUUGGUUAACAGAGUACUCAUCUUCAUGGCGUACUUUCAAGUUGGUAUGAUUCAGUUCUUCGCCGGUAUGUAUGCUUAUUUCGUAGUGUUUGCGCAGAGCGGGUUCUUUCCGUCCAGUAUUCUGUUUGUACGCCAGGAUUGGGAAUCACCUAGCGCUACGGUACUGGACACUUUGGGACGGACCUGGUUGUUCGUUGAUAGAAAGCGGGUGGAGAGACGAGCGCAAACUGCCUACUUUGUUGCAAUUUGCUGGACGCAGAUCUCCGAUGUGAUCAUUUGCAAGACCCGACGGAUUUCAUUGUUGGAAAAGGGGAUGAGGAACCACGUCCUCAAUGCUAGUAUCGUAGUGGAUUUGAUCGCGGCCCUAGUCGUCACUUAUCUACCACUGUGCCACGAAGUAUUCGGAACCGAACCGAUUUCGUGGCACGACUUCUUUCUGGCGAUGCCGUUCUUUGUGUUGAUGAUACUGGGUGACGAAUUGAGGAGGUUCUUAAUAAGACGCAACCUUUCUAAAUGGGUGGAAAGAGAGACAUACUAUUAA